CUGCUGGUUUUAAAGCAGUCCGCUGACGCAAGUUUUAUGAUCAGACAGCUUCCUGCAAAGAAAUACACCAUGACGUCACCACGGUGCUGAUUGAGCGCGAGCCGCUCCCCAUUCCUCAGCAGGUGCAGGUGAUUUCCUCCAGGUGAAUCAGGAAGUGCAGCAUUAAUCCGCAGACAGCUGACCGAACCGGAGCAGUGGUUCCGACUUGCUGUCAGAAUGAGGGGAGAAGAACAGACCUGAAGGUUUAAAGGGACUGGCUGUGAUUUAAAUCAUCAUCAUCAUCUUCAUCAUGGAGGUCCAGAAGAAGUUCACUUCCUGCUGGCAGAGGCUCCAGGACUGUUGUUGCCGUAGAAAGUCCAAACCGUCCGAACCUGGUUCUGAGCCUGACAAUGAGACGAAGAAGAAAAGGUCUGGUUCUGGUUCGGUGAACGCCUCGUACCAGGUGGAGCCGAGUCCCGUCAUCAGCAGAAGACCCCUGCCUGUCCCCCCUGCGUCCCAGGUCCAGAAGUACGUGGCUCUCUACGACUAUGCUGCUCGAACCGAGGACGACCUGACGUUUAACGCCGGAGACAUCAUGGAAAUCCUGGACAAGAGUCCGGGGGAGUGGUGGAUCGUCCGAGCCCUGACCGGGGUGUCGGCCUUCAAACAGGGCUACAUCCCGGCCAACUACGUGGCUCCGCUGGAGAGCAUCGAUGCAGAACCGUGGUACUUUCCAGACACCAAGAGGCAGGAUGCAGAGAAGAUGCUGCUGGCUGAUGGGAAUGCACACGGCGCUUUCCUCAUCAGAAACUCAGAAUCUCAGAAAGGAGAGCUGUCUCUUUCAGUGUUGGACCAAGGAAAAGUGAAGCAUUACAAGAUUCAGAAGUUGGACAACGGUCACUUCUAUGUGUCCACGAACAAAUCCUUUUCAACCAUACAGGAACUAGUUAGAUAUUACACCACACAUCUCAAUGGUCUUUGUGUGCGUCUGAAUGAGCCGUGCAAAAAGAUUCAGUUGCAGGCCCCACAGACCUACGGCCUGUCCUACAACACCGUGGAUGCCUGGGAGAUUCAACGCUCCUCCAUCCAGCUACAGAAGAAGCUGGGAGCCGGACAGUUUGGUGARGUCUACGAAGCGCUGUGGAAUGGGACCACACCAGUGGCAGUCAAGACCCUCAAACCUGGUUCGAUGGACUCUGAAGACUUCCUGCGAGAGGCUCAGAUCAUGAAGAAGCUGCGACACCCCAAGCUGAUCCAGCUGUACGCCGUCUGCACCACCGAGGAACCCAUCUACAUCAUCACAGAGCUGAUGAAGUACGGCAGCCUGCUGGAGUACCUUCGAAAUGAUAAAGGCACCACUUUACAAAUCCAAGACCAGAUUGAGAUGGCGGCCCAGGUGGCCGCAGGCAUGGCUUACCUGGAGACCCAGAACUACAUCCACAGAGACCUGGCAGCCAGGAACGUCCUUGUUGGUGAGAACAACAUCUGUAAGGUGGCGGACUUCGGCCUGGCCAGGGUUUUUAUGAAAGAAUAUGAGAGUGUGUAUGAGAUCAAAGGGGGUAAACUUCCUGUAAAGUGGACCGCUCCAGAGGCGUUUAAUGACAACAGGUUCACCAUCAAAUCUGACGUCUGGUCUUUUGGCAUUUUGUUGUAUGAGAUCAUGACGUUCGGUCAGAUGCCUUAUCCAGGUAUGACCAACCAUCAGGCAGUCCAGUGGAUCAUGAAGGGCCACAGGAUGCCAUGUCCGCCCAACUGCCCCACYGUUUUACACAGCAUCAUGAUGAGCUGUUGGAAAGAGAACGAACAAAUGCGACCUACGUUUGAGACGCUGCAGUGGCAACUGGAGGAUUUCUUUGACAUGGAUGUGACUUCCUACGACGACUCCAGUCGGUAUUAAAACAAAGGCUCUCAGAAACUCAGUGUCUACCUAAUCGAAAUCGUUCUAAUCAGUAUCAGGUCUCUAAAGUAGUGUUUGAUUCCACUCCGUUGAAAUGAAGGAUCGAACUGUUGACUGACACGCAGAGACUUUUGGUUUCGUUCAGCCUGGUCGGAACUCGUUCAGACAGGCAGCCUAACCUGAUUAGAAACAUGGUGACUGGAAAAAAACGUCAUGCAGAUGCUAUUCUUCAGUCUGAAGCACCGGUUCUGCUGGUUCCAGUCAUACUACGCAUUCUUUCCAGUGGCUACCUGUUGAACGGGACACCUGCGAGGAGCUGAGCCUACCUGUGGAAUCUCAUGGACUGUUUGUCAGAGCAAACUGAAACUGUUUUCAUUUAAUUUUAAUGGUUUGGUUUCAAAUGACACGUUUUACCAAGCUUGUUAAAAAUCACUGAAACAUAACUGAACUUAAUACUAUGAAGCUUAAUCAUUUUGAAUAGACCACCUGUUCCUUUUUUAUUUCAUAAUCUUCUAUUUUAAAAAAAUGCUCUAAAGAAUCUGCAGAUGAACUCUGAUCAUGUAGGAAGGAAGCCCAGAGGAAACGGAUGUAAAACAUGCCUGUGUCACCUGAUGUUUGUCUUAAAUUAUUUUAAAUUGUGUGUAAUAAAAGCUUGUUUUUAACUUGA